UAUAUAAGCAGCAAAACCUAAUCGAAGAAUUUGUUAUUCAAUACUUGUUUCUUUUUGUUUUUGUUUAUCUUGUUUGCAAGUAAGCUACUUAGGUUUUCAACGUUGCUUGCUUCAUUUCUGUUAUUUGGGAAGGAAAUUAAUCGCCGAGCAAAUUAAAUAGAAGAAAAGCAGAAAUUAUUGAAAGGAAAAAAAUAAGAAUGGAAGGAGAUAAGGGAAAGGAAGAAACGUUGCCACCAGGAUUUCGGUUUCAUCCAACUGAUGAAGAGCUCAUCACUUUCUAUCUUGUAAACAAGAUUUCAGAUGCUAACUUUACUGGAAGAGCAAUUGCCGACGUUGAUCUCAACAAAUGCGAGCCCUGGGACCUUCCUGGGAAGGCAAAAAUGGGAGAAAAAGAGUGGUACUUUUUCAGCCUUCGCGAUCGAAAAUACCCAACUGGUGUAAGAACAAACCGAGCAACCAACACAGGUUACUGGAAGACCACGGGAAAGGACAAGGAGAUCUUCAACAGUAACAGUAGAGUCACAUCAGAGUUGGUUGGGAUGAAGAAGACCUUAGUGUUUUACCGAGGGAGAGCUCCUAGAGGGGAGAAAACCAAUUGGGUCAUGCAUGAGUACCGUAUUCACUCUAAAUCAUCUUUUAGAACUAACAAGCAGGAGGAAUGGGUGGUCUGCCGCGUGUUUCAGAAGAGUGCGGGGUUGAAGAAGUAUCCGUCAGCCUCAAAUCAAUCCAGAGCUGCAGUGAAUCCCUACAAUUUAGAUAUAGGAGGAGGAAGUCUGUUACCAAUGAUGCAGGCGGAGAACUAUCACUUGUCUAUGGGAGCGGAGCUCUCAAGGGUUCUAAGGGGCGGUCCUAGCUGUAGUGCCAAUCUACCUAUUCCAUCCCAAAUCAACUAUCCAGUUCCAGGAGGGUUUACUAUUUCCGGACUGAAUUUAAAUCUUGGAGGAGGCUCCACGCAGCCUGUGAUGCGACCAAUGCAACCUCCCCCACCUCCACCAAUGCUGCAGCACCAAGACGUUACGCCCUCUUUGAUGAACACCGCUACUUUUGGCGCGGAGGGUGGCUAUGGUGCAGAGAUCACCACUCAAAAUGCAAAUGGGCCGACCAACAGAUACUUGAGCAUGGACCAUUGCAUGGACUUGGAUAACUAUUGGCCCACGUACUAAUGGACAAUGCAAAAUCCAAUGUCCCCAAGCAUGCUUUUUGUUUUUAGUAUUAGUCAGUGGUUAAGUUUGGUAGUAUUUGUUUUAAAUUGGAACAGUUUGGGGAAUUUAACGGGUCAUCUUCUCAUAAUAGAUAAUAAGGAAUUUAUAUGCUCUAGCCUAAAACUGGGCCUCUUUAUGUCUUUGUAUGUCUCAACUCUCUCAAUUAUGGAUGAUUUCACAAAAUGAAUAUCAUCAUCUGUUACCUACUUUCUUUUAUAA